CUAUAAAUAGGCUUCCAACUUCAUGGCUAGCUAUAGCUCCUCCUCCUGCAAGCUUCUCCCACCAUGGCAGCCACACUAUCCCUACUUGCCCUUGCCAUCCUUGCAACUCUAGCCGGGGCAAGCUCUAGAGACUGCCCUCCUUGUGGUGGCACCGAGAUCCCUUACCCUCUAAGCACCAGCUCCAACUGUGGUGACCCCGACUACAAACUAUACUGCAACAACAACUCGCUCGAGUUCCUUUCAGUUGGUGGGACUCCUCAUCCAGUUCUGAGCAUUAAUCCGGAAGCUUAUAGGCUCAUCAUCCAUGUUCCUGCAAUCGAUAUGAACGUUUGCAGCUCUUCUGACCUCUUCGAAGGCGGCCUGAAGAUCGACGAGAGCUCCCCGUUCAAUAUAUCCAACCGUAACACGGUCAUGCUGUUCGACUGCAAUGAAACCAUACUGUUCUCGCCAUUGAAUUGCUCUUCCAACAGCCUUUGUCGAAAGUUCGAGGAGACCGAAGAAGGGAGUGCGUGCAGGGACACGCUUUGCUGCACCUACUUGAAGGACUCAAGAAUGACUUCUCAUAGGAUUAGGAUUAGGGUUGGAGGCUGCACUGCGUACACAAGUGUGGUGGACAUCGAUCCUAAUGAUCCUCCAAGCUUGUGGAACUUUGGGAUUGAGUUGCAGUGGCUACCACGGCGUACUUGACUCCACCAAAUCGCACCUUUCUUCAUGUUUGGCUGCUUGUUUUCCAUGUGUGUGUGCGCUUGUGUUUUCUUUGUGUUUGCACUCUCAUCUCUUGUGCUUAAUUAUGUGUGAUGUUAAUAAGCCUAAGAUAUGAAUAAAAAACGCACUCUCUA